GUUGAGAGGAGAGGGCAGGUGGCUCGCUGUUGACUCGGCACCGGCAGAAGGAACAGGCGGAGAUGGCUGCAACCACCGCUCAGCCUAUGGGGAGCCUGCCCAGCGGACUGGGGAUAUGCACCACGGCCCCGGAUAUAUUUUACCUGCCUGAGCUGGUGUUUGGUGGUUUGGUGUGGAUCCUGGUGGCGUCGACCCACGUGGAACCAGCGAACCCUCUGGGCUGGGUGAUGUUUGUCUCUGUCUUCUGCUUCGUGAUGACCUUCCUUUGGAUGAUAAUCUUCGCUGCUGGAGGUCACAGGAACAGCUCCGGCUGGGCUGCUGCUGACUUUGCUUACCAUGGCCUGGCAGCGUUCUUCUACCUCAGCGCAGGGGUGGCCUUGGCUUACAUCACCUUCAAGAACAAAGGAGGCGAUUUAAAAACCUACCGGAUUGACAUCGCUGCCGUGGUGUUCGCCUUCGUAGCCACACUCCUCUACUUCAUCCACACCAUCCUCUCCUCCAUCCGGUGGAAAAACUUCUGAAGAGCCAUGCUGAAUCACAUACCUGUGUGUCCGAGGACUGCUGUGCAUCCUGUGUGCCUCUGACUGUGUUUAUAUGGAUGCGUGUGUGUGUGUGUGUGUGUGUGUGUGUGUGAGGUGGAAUUACCCACAGGUGACAUGGUUGAAUUCAAAGAUUUUGUGAGUUUUAAACCCUCGCUCAUCCAUUUAUUAAUGUUGAGUGGGUGAGGAUUUGUGAAGAAGCACCAUGAAGUGAAAUUACAGCAUGAAUAAUGAAAGCAAAUGAAGCGUUUUACCCCAGAAAUAGCAUCUGUGCUUAGAGAAAAUUUUGUUGUGCGUGAGGUCAAUACAAGAAAUAUAUUUGUCUUAUUUCUAUUUUUGGAGGCAGAUAUCAUUUUUAGCCAUUGAUCUUUUAUUACAUAAGAGGUGGUCUCACAUUUUAAGUCUUUUUAGAAUUGAAUUUGGUGUGUAUGUACAGUAACGAUAGCAGGUUGAGAUUUCUUUAAAAAAGAUAAUCAACAUACAAAAUUAUCACUAGAGGUAAUUAAAGUUUCUUCAUAUAUUCAUCUCUGUUGAGCCUUGAACCGCUAUUUUUUUACUGACAAAUGAUGAAAAACAAACAAAUGAAAGCAGCAGAGGAGAAAGCAAGCAGAGGAAGUAAUGGAGGUGGAUGGAGUUAGUUAGCAUGGUCCAUGGCAAUGUAGGGUUAUAAAGUUGAAGGAAUAGUUCAACAUGUUUAUUGCAGUGAGGCAGAGGAGAAGUUUGAUGUAACUCUCAUGUCUGUCCGUUAAAUAUGAAGCAGGGCAGUGGUGCUAAGCUAAGCUAACCAGCUUGGCUAAGACUGGAGGCAGGGGAAACAGUUAGCCUGGCUCUGUGCAGAGCUAGCCUACAUGCGUCCUUAAAGCUCCUGAAUGAACAAGUUAUACUUGUUUGUUUCAUGUGUACAAAAACAGCUAUGACUUCCUGAAGUUGUCACUUAAUUAAAAUUUGCGCUAGGUUGCUAAUUUGCAUUAAGUUAGCAACCUAACGCUAAAUUACUGCUCCCAGCCAAGAAAUAGUCCCAGACUCAAACCCCCAUAAAGGCAUAAAUUGCUGUUUUUCUACUUUUUCUUUUGUAAUUAGUAAACAAACGAGAUAUAACAUGCUAAUUAGUGAGCUGAGGAGUCAGGCUAGCUCAGAGUCAGGCUAGCUGUGUCCCCCUGUUUACAGUGAGUCUUUAUGCUAAGUUAAGCUAACAAGCUGCUGGCUGUAGCUUCAUAUUUAGCCAACACACAUGAGGGUGGUACCAGUCUUCUCGUCUAACUUUUGGCAAAAGAAAGCAAAUAAGUUUUAUUUUCCAAAAUGUCGACUAUUACUUUAAGGUAACAGUUGACCAAAAUCACCAAAAAGCAGACGUUGUUUCUGGAAAGGCAAAUCGCUGUUUGAUUUUUUUUAUGUUUUGGAGGACCAUAAAUGAAGUUCACCUUUGCUGUAUCGCUGUGGAGGCAGAGUCCUCAGAGGUGGAUCAGUCAAAUCAAAGCAAAACUAUCUGCAUAGGUAGCUGAGACAGCUGUGAAAAUAUGUCGGCUUUGGCGAUUGUAUCUUCCUUCCCUUUGUGACUUGUUAUGAGAUGACAGAGUUUGUUGCAAGUUGUAAAACAACUGAUUUUAAGACUUUUGUUGUAGAAUAACUGCAAAUUGUUCUUUCUUUGUCAGCUGACAAAGCUGAUGCUAACAAAUCAUCAGUACAUAAAGGAUGGUGAAUUGCAUUUUUUAGGAGUAAGACCUCUGGCUGAAACGUGUAGAGUUUUGCCAUUUUUGUAUUCUCAAGAUUAAAAGAAGAUAUAGACGUCGA